ACCAAAAAAAAAAAAAAAAAAAAAAAAAAAAAGAAGGAAAAAUAGUCGCAAAAUUUCAAGAAGCUCGACUCAGAAAGCAAAGCAAGCCAAGAGCACACAGAAAAUGGGCUCUGCCAAAAUACAAGAUCGGCCAAGUUCUGCUGAAAGAGUAGCUGUUGUUGGUGCCGGUGUUGGCGGGCUUGCAGCAGCCUACAAAUUGAAAUCGCAUGGUUUGAAUGUCACGGUGUUUGAAGCUGAGGGAAGAACUGGGGGGAAGUUGAGAAGUGUUUCUCAUGAUGGUCUAAUUUGGGAUGAAGGAGCCAGUACAAUGAAUCAGAGUGAAAUAGAAGUCCAAAGUCUGCGAGAUGAUCUUGGGAUAAGAGAAAAACAGCAAUUUCCAAUUUCACAGAAUAAACGGUAUAUCGUAUGAGAUGGAUCUCCAGUGCUGAUACCUACAAACCCGCUUGCGUUGAUCAAGAGCAACAUUCUUUCCACAAAAUCCAAGUUUGAGAUCAUUCUGGAGCCAUUUUUGUGGAAGAAAAGGAGCUCCUCAGAUGUUUCUGAUCAUAGUCAAGAAAGCGUGGGUGGGUUCUUUCAACGUCAUUUUGGGAAAGAGGUUGUUGAUUAUCUCAUUGAUCCUUUUGUUGCAGGCACAAGUGCUGGAGAUCCUGAAUCUCUCUCUAUGCGUUAUUCUUUUCCCGAUUUAUGGAAUCUAGAGGAAAGGUUCGGUUCUGUUAUUGCUGGGGCAAUUCAAUCAAAGUUAUCUGCCAGAAAGGAGAAAAGUGGAGAAAAAAAGGGUUCCUUGAAAAAAACAAAGCAUCAACGUGGUUCAUUUUCCUUCAAGGGUGGAAUGCAGACACUUACUGAUACAUUGAGCAAAGAAAUUGGUGUGGAUGAGAUUAAGUUAAACUCGAAGGUUUUAUCAUUAUCUUAUUGUCCUGAUGGGAAGUCUGCAAGGGAAAACUGGUCAGUUUCUUUUGCUGCAAAACAUGACAACCGCUCACAAGCUUUAUCUGUAGAUGCUGUAAUUGUGACGGCUCCACUAUGUAAUGUCAAGGAAUUGAAGAUUGCAAAAAGAGGAAACCCCUUCCUUCUCAAUUUUCUUCCUGAGGUGAAUUAUAUGCCACUAUCAGUUAUAAUCACCACCUUCAAGAAGGAGAAUGUUAAGAGACCCCUUGAGGGAUUUGGGGUUCUUGUUCCUUCUAAAGAGCAGAAUAAUGGCUUAAAGACCCUUGGUACUCUCUUUUCCUCCAUGAUGUUUCCGGAUCAUGCACCUAAUGACCUAUACCUUUAUACAACCUUCGUUGGGGGAAGUUGAAACAAGGAACUAGCUAAUUCUUCAACUGACGAGUUGAUUGUCGUCUCUGACCUUAGGCAGUUAUUAGGAGCAGAGGGAGAACCCAAGUUUGUGAAUCAUUUUUAUUGGAAGAAAGCAUUUCCUCUGUACGGGUAUAAUUAUGAUUCAGUGAUAGCAGCAAUAGAGAAAAUGGAGAAAAACCUUCCUGGGUUCUUCUAUGCAGGUAACCAUAGGUGUGGACUGUCUGUUGGCAAAGCAAUAGCAUCCGGGUGCAAGGCAGCUGAACUUGUAAUCUCAUAUUUGGAAUCUUCUUCAGAUGACAAGAAACUUGGGGAGGAAAAUAAUGGAAAAACCACCUAACAAAGAGGAGGAGCACAGGUAGUCAAGAAAAAGGGUUUAUGUGCUAUGUUACCGCAAAAGUGAUAGGAACAAAAUGUGAAGGAAGAAUAUUGUUAAUAGGUUUGACAACAUUUUAUAGAUUGUAACUAUUUUUACACUUAUAUAUCCGAGAAUAAAUAUAAUGCAUCUCCUUUUUAUUUAGCUAC